AAGUAAACAUCGCGGGUGACAACGAGGCGUCUGAAAAACUGACAAAACCGCAUCAGCAUAGACACCUAACUGAGGCGUCCUGAGUUCACCCUGAACAUUUUACGGUCGUCGAUCAGACAACGAGGAACGCCGGUUGGGUUUAUAGUCAACGAUAUGGCAACCAACAAUUCCGGGCCAGUCUUCCCAAACAAGGCCCGAGUCCAAAUCCUGGCCGAGCUGGCUAAAGAGCGGAAGCGUUUAAUGCAGAGUCAGUCCAUCAGCACUCCAGGAGCCAGCAUCGCAAUAUCUCGUCACAACGCAAAGGACUUCCGAGACAGUGCAGAGCAGCAGCACAUUGUUGCCCAGCAAAAAGCAGCCUUGCAGCACGCACACGCACACUCGUCAGGCUUCUUCAUCACUCAGGACUCGUCAUUCGGUAACCUCAUCCUCCCUGUGCUGCCACGCCUGGAGCCCGCGUCGUAACCCUUUUUACACAAUGUGUGCACACAAGCUCAGAUCUCACUUCCAAGUUUCGUCUUUGGGCUGUGUCGGGUGUGGACACCUCUUUAUCCUUGCAACGAUCUCAGGGAAGCUGGACUGCAUUUCAGUUAUUUAAAAAAAAAAUCUUGCUCGACACAUUUAACACUGGGAUUCCAUGCUGUAUACUGUGUAUGCAUAUAUGUGACACCUUCCAUGGCACUAAUCAUUAUUUUUAUAUGUGGGACUCUUUUCUUUCAUCUCAACUGAAUUGUUUGUAAUACUGUUUCAAAUAUUAAAUUGUCGCACUCAA